AUGGGACAUAAGGACCUGAAAACCUUAGACCUCAAGUGAAGGUGCUUAGGGGAGGAAAAACUGCAAACUCGAAACCAUGUGGCGGAAAGCUCUAGUGUGCGCCGGUGGCGCAGUGCAGCGAAAAAUGUUACAGCCGUGGCGAACGGUAGCAUCGAGGUCAUCGUCAACCGCCUCGUACACUGUGAACUCCAUGAUCCUCCGAUCCCUCAAGGACCACUACCUCGAAGUCUCGAAGAUGACCCCUCCUCCCAAAAUUAGCCCCCCUUCUCCAUACACAGUUGUUAAGGGGGCACUUGAUGGUGGGGGCCCUGUUCUAAGGCGGACAUUUCAAGAUGAGGAGAUCAAUAUAUCAGUCAUGAGAUUGGUUGACAUUAUUCCUGGAGGUUCAGGAGAUGACAGUAGUGAUGACAGCAUCAAUCAGUUGUUUGUUCAUGUUGAUAUUUCUAAGCCAGGGUUGCAAGAGUCUUUACAUUUCCUUUGUGGGUUAUAUCCAGAUGCUUUAGGAAUUCAUUCAGUUUCACUGAGACCAAAAGCAGAGUCUUCAGGGUCCCUUGUGAUACCAACUAAAUACAAUGGCCCAGUCUUUGAAGAUAUUGAUGAAAAUGUUCGAGAUGCCCUCCAUGGGUAUAUUGAAGAACGCGGGAUAAACGAGAGCCUCUUUCCAUUCUUACAAGCUUGGCUUUAUGUGAAAGACCACAGGAAUCUCAUGCGAUGGUUCAAAACUGUUGGUUCCUUUGUUAACGAGACCAACCAAGGAACUUUGCAGGCUUAAUAGAUUUCAACCUGUUUUUCUGCAGUCUCAAAUACGACUUGGAUGGAAGAUUCUGCUUCAUCUUAGAUCUAGGGUAAGUUUAAAGAAAUAGAUUUGGGCAAGCUAGUUCUAUAUCUGCUAGAAGUGGUGGUAUCUGUUCUACAUUUUCUUUCACUUUCAAGAUAUCUAUCAUUCCUGUAAUUCAAAUAUGUAUGCGUACUUGCUUUGAUAAUUGUUCUUUUUUAUAGUAGAUAAUGUAGAGAUUAGAGUCAGUAGACGCACCACAUCUAUUUCAUUAUGUUGAAAAUGUCAGGUUAUUCACGUUGGCUUUUAGCGUGCAUGUUCGAUCAUGUGCUUUAAUUGGUAACUUACAGUGAGACUUUCGAAC